AUGCUGCAGCUCAAAUACCAAAUCAUCGACGAUGGCGGCACCGCCCGCGACAACAAAGCAAUCUUAGGGGUCGACCUGCAGAGCGGCUUCGAUAAGGUGAUACACUCGGCGAUUCUGUCCCAAGGCUCCAAGCUCAACAUGGGCGAAAGAUCCUACAACUACGUCAAGGACUUCCUCACGGACAGGACCGCCGAGCUACGAGCAGGCCACCUUCAGACGCAAAAGCAGAAGCUCGGAAGCACCGGCACACCGCAGGGAUCGGUCAUUUCGCCAAUGCUGUUCAACCUGGUAAUGAUCGGAGUUGCCGCAAAGCUCGCGGACAUCGAAGACGUCAGGCACCUCGUCUACGCGGACGGUAUCGGGCUGUGGGUUACCGGUGGCAGCGACGCCCACAUCGAGGGAUCGCUGCAAGCCGCCGUCGACGCCAUAAAAGACCAGCUGGAAGGCACCGGACUGAAAUGUUCGCCGAGCAAAUCGGAGCUUCUCAUACUCUCACCUAGCAAAAACAGCAGAAGCAAGACUAGACAACGCGAAUACGAAAAAAUCAGAAUCUUAACCAAAUCCGGCAACGUGUUCCCCGAGGUCGGCAAAAUUAGGAUCCUAGGCAUUGUCAUCGAAAAGCAUGGAAGAAACGGCGAAACCAUCACCCGUGUCACGGCAAAAGCAGCCAGCGCGAUUCGACUCCUCAAACGAGUCACUUCCCGGAACGCUGGCAUGAGAGAGGAGAGCCUAAUUAGGCUCGUCCAAUCCUUCAUCAUCAGCCACGUCGCGUACGUUGCAGCCUACCACAGAUGGCUGCAACACGAACAUAACAACAUCAAUGGGAUCAUCAGAAGAGCGUACAAGUCGGCGCUGGGCCUGUUCGAGUCCACGAACACGACCCGCUUUUUACAACUCGGCAUACACAAUACGCUCGAAGAAAUAGCCGAAGCGCAACGGACCUCUCAACUGGAGCGGCUGUCCAUGACCAAAGCCGGGAGGAAGAUACUGGACGACCUUGGAAUGGGACGCUCGAACGAGGUCCGACGCCUAACCAGAAUCAACCCCAUACCGAAGAACAUGACUCCCGAGUUCAACAAGGGAAGAAGAGCGGCGAGGGCCAAGGCUCUCAUCGACCAGCACGCCAAAGACGAGCACGCGCGGUACGUGGACGCGGCCGAAUACCAACGAAACUCCUUCGCAGCGGUCGUCAAAGUGGCGUCAAGCGGCGCCACGAGGAGGGCAGCGAGCGUGAGAAGCGCCGGAUCAGAACAAGAGGAGGAGGUAGCCAUCGCACUGGCCGUCGCUGACGCAGACUGCCACACGGUGCUGAGUGACUCGAGACAGGCGGUGCGAAACUUUGCCAAAGGCAAAAUCUGCAGCGAGGCCGAGCGCGUACUGCGAGCGGCCAAACUACAAGACAGAAAAGUAAGACUCAAGUGGUUCCCGGCGCACGCGGGCGACGCGCCGGAACGCAAUGAGAACCACAAUGAGACGGCACAUGCAGCGGCGCGAGCGCUAACCAACCGCGCCCCUGAGACAGACCGUCCGACAUGGUUCGGAACCAAGCACCGCAUGACGGACUACAACGAAAUCACGAAGGCCUACCGGCUGGCUCCCAGGACUCUCCCACCCCCGCACCCGAGGCUGAGUCGAGCGGAGGCGGUACUACUGAGACAGCUCCAGCCCGGAUCGCUACCGAGCCCGGAACUGAUGCAUCGCAUGUACCCCGAGACAUAUCCGACCGAUCAGUACAGAGUCUGCCGCUGGGAGACGGCAGAUUACACGCACAUCUUGUGGGGCUGCGUUGAAAUUCCAGAAGAAGCAAAUUCAAGAAAGAUCUCACCGCAGCUCGAGGCAGCCGCGAAGAGCUACGACCAAGACGAGCAGCUCUGGGCCGUCCAGCAUGUCCUCGGGGCGCUCGAAAGGCAGGGACCCAGAGAGCCGGCAACGGCGAGCGGAUACCCGCGCCGAGUAACGGCGACUUCGUUGAUGACGUAG